CCUUAAGACCUUUGAUCGCUUUCGACCCACGAGAUCCGCGGUUCUCGUCUCCACGAGAUCCGCGGUUUCGGUUUCGGUCUCCGCGACGCCAUGAAGCGAAGUUAUGAGGAGUCAGGCCACUCUUCAGGCUCCAAAUGGAGUCGAAGAGAUACUGGCCUCAGAAUGAAGUACUGCUUGAAGGCGUUGAUCCCGGACGUCUUCGCCAGCUCGUUGCUCCGCGACAAGGGCGCUCUGAAGGAACAGCUCCAAGAGGAGUCUGGAUCGAGAUUGGUUUUCAGCAACAAAGGAGACUUCUUUCCAGACACUAGCCUUCGGGUUCUAGGAAUCUACUCGGACCUGUCGGGUGCGGUGGCACAGGCGCUCGAGCUGAUUCUGGGCCGGAUGAAGGAGCUGGCGCAGGAUGAACGAGGCCGAUAUCCGCCACCGGGGUGUGAAAUGCUUGGCAAAGAAGAAGGUGAGUUGAUCUUCAGGCUCGUCCUGUCGAGAGAGAUGACUGGGCUGCUGAUUGGCAGUCAAGGUGCCCGGAUCAAGCAGCUUCGGCAAGACAGCGGCUGCAAGAUCAACAUCCGCGACGAAGCUGUUGCUGCGCACCGCUUGGCCACCUUCUCCGGGCCCUUCGAGGCCUUGACCAUCGCCCUGCAGCACGUGGCGGAGAACAUGCAAACGGAAGCCGAGACCGAGUCCGACGAGUUCCAGAACUAUGCAAAAGUCAUCAACUUUGGCGAGGGCAAGGACUGGAAGGAAGGCGGUGGAUGGGGCUAUGACGCUCCGCCCGGGAAGGGCAGUCAUGGCAGCCAUGGUCAAGUCAGCGUCUUUUCCUCCUCCGGCAUGGCCACAGCCACCGGGAGCUUAUCGAUGCGACUGGGAGGCAAAGGUGCUGGGAAGCACGGCCAGGCUUCAGGUGGCCUGCACUUGCUGGGGAAGGAGUUGGAUUUGAUGCCUCAGGGGUCUGCAGAGAUGCCCUACUCGAUCAGCUGUGCAAUACCGGCCAACCUGGUUCCUGCUCUGAUUGGGCGAUCAGGCGACUUUAUCAGGAGCAUCGAAGAAAGGACCGGCGCCAAGGUGGACAUCUCUCGUGAGGCCACAGGCCUUGACGGCUACAGGAAGAUGGAAUGUGUUGGGCCUUUGCUGAGCAUCUACUCUGCCCACACCCUGAUGAUGCACCGCUUGCAGGGCUUGGAGCCAUCAGGCCCCUCUGGCCCCCCGCCGGGGUCCAGGAGACCGCGUAGCGAGCAGCCAGUAGCGACGGUGCCAGCACGGAGCUUUUCGGAUAAUCCUCCCAAGUCGCAGCUCGAAAAGCAGCAGGAGCUGCUCACCACCAUCGCGGAGCUGGAAAAGAGGCUCGCCGUGGCCAAGCAAGAUGCCGACACCGCCGUGUAGGGCGUGAACAGAGAUUUUGAGCCCGAAGCUGGCGCCCAGAAUCUAUCAAGCGCUGUUGUGGUGGAAAACUGAUUCAAAC